AUGUUCAGUGUCGAGGACCUCCUGAUUUCUCAUGGAUACAAAUUGUCAAAAAAUCCCCCUGUUUCAUAUGAGAGCAGGUAUGAUGGAUACCAGCAUGAAAUUGCGGGAAAUAGAUCUUCUCAGAGAACGCUGAAUGGGUUUGAGGCAGAAUCGAGAGCUGGGGCUUACAGCAAGAAACCUCUGGUGAAAACCAACUCGAGCAGCACCGAAAGCAGCCAUGGGAGCCAAGGGAGGCAAGUGGGUCCUGGUUACCACCAUGACCUUCAGGGUUUGUCCACUUUUCAUACUUCAGAAGGGGGGGUUUAUGACAGGCCCGAAUUAGCAUGGUCAUCCCAGCCCAAGACUGAUAAAGAUCUUGCCUACUGGAGAAGACGAGGACAGGACUUCAGUGUGCUACUGGGCUAUUCCCAGAAAGGUGGUGUGGAAAUGAAAAGCCUGGCUGCAGCCCCAGGGGCACCCCGGCACCCCAAGGACAGAGAGCUGAAGGUGGGCACGGGCGCAGGGUACGUCAGAAGAAGUGGCUUGCAGGAGGGCUGCGAAGUGCCGGGCGACUGCAAAUGGCAAAGUCUGGGAAUGGAAAGCUGGAACCAGCCAAAAAAGGUAGGGAGGCAAAUGUCCGAGGGUGACAGGGAGAAGCUGCUUCAAGAGCUGUAUUCAUUGACCCUGGGAGACAACGUGCUGAGCGCCCACAACAAGGGGAAAUCGCAGUCCCUGCCGAGGGUCCUUUCACCAGAGAGUAUGAGGUGUGUGGAAAUGCCCUCCCUGACCAACAGUAACAACUCGCUGAGCGUAACUAAAACCCCCUCCUAUCCCCCAAACAGACUGAGUGUGGAACCAGCCAAGCACCAUGAAACAGGAGGCCAUUUCCUUCCCCUGGUGAAACCCAAGUAUGGGAGACCUCUCAAGCCUCCGUCCUAUGAACUGCAGCGGCAGACGAGGGCACCCGCGGAAACCGUGGGUUUCCAAGACCACUACCACAAAGACGAACCCACCCCCUACUUAGCCAAAGUCAAUGAGCCAAGGCAAGAUUCUUGCAUUCAAGACUCUGGUUUGGAGCCCCCGGUCUACGUACCUCCUCCAUCUUACAAAUCCCCACCUCACCAAAACAUGACCCCACAGCCCCUCAAUGAAGUGCCUAACAACAAUGCGUAUGCCAGCAGCAAUCAGCAGGGUCCUGCGGAGCGGGUUGUCCCCUGCCAACGACCAGCCGCAAAUGCUUUUGAAGCAGGGGGUGACCCUUGCAAAGACAACCAUCUUCCUCAUGGGAAGCAAAGCCAUGCGAGGCGCCCGGCUGACUACCUGCGGUCUGUUCAGUAUAUUCCCUUUGAUGAUCCUCGGAUACGACAUAUUAAAAUUGCACCACUGGAAGGUCUGCAGGACAACACUGAAAAUGCACGUAGUCCCAGUUCUGGUGCUUUGCAAGAGAGAGAUCUUGAAGUACAGUACAACGGUGCCUUCUUAGAUGCAUCAAACUUGUCCAAUUCUACAAAGGGAGAAAGAACUUCCGACAGCUCCACCCAUAGCAACAGAUGGUUGGCACCGUCCAUCCGAGAUCAGGAAAAUUGUGCCUUGCCGGACCAAAGAGAUAGUUGUAGCACAACUAAUCAUAGCCCCCGUAAUGAAGCCAGCACGGAGUACACAAAAGGCAAACUUUCUGUAAGAAAUUCACAUAUGGACAGCACCUGUGAGACUGUUACAAAAGUGAAAAAGUUUGAACCUGGAACUGGGAUGCAGAGCAAAAAGAGUUCAAAGAAAAAAAUGAAUGAAACUAUAUUUUGUUUGGUCUCUAUCCCAGUUAAAUCAGAAUCCAAUCUGCCAGAUACAGAUAGGAACAACAACAUAACCCAGAGCCCUGAUAAGAAUGGGUUUGAUAACAAUGGAGCUUUGCAAGAACAAAGUCUCUUAAGUAUGUCUUCAACGGACUUGGAGUUACAAGCGCUUACAGGAAGCAUGACCAAUAAAAAUGACUUACAAAAACAAGAGAUGUGGAGACCAGAAGAGUUCAAACAAAUGAAUGACCUCAGAUUUAUUCAGCCUACAAAACACAGAGAGCUCAAGUACUCUGGCUCCUGGCCAGGUGAUCAGUACAAAGACCAGCAGACACAGACCAGUUUCACCGAAGAACCUAAAAGCUCACAAUUUUUCCAUGGUACAAAGCCUGAACAGCCCAAUAGUAACAAACUGCUGUCUCCGAAGCUCCUAGGAUGUACAGCAUCCACGAUAGGGUCAAAACAGACAGGGUUACCUUCUGAUGAGAGAAGCUGCAGGCAGAGCGCUUACGGCAUGAAGGGUCAGAUGUACCUCAGCCAGUCUAGCAACAGUGCUUUUUCCAGGACUGCCACCUCGGUUCUUCAGGCCCCGUCCCUAAAAGCCCACCAGAGCCAGCGCGUGCCUGCCCAGGAGAGGGAAACCAGCCUUCUUUCCAAGGGAGAGGUAGUUAAGGGAGAAGCAGGCGCUCCCUGCAACAGUAAAGAGCUGUUUGGGCAGUUCCUGUUGAAACCCGUAAGUCGCCGUCCCUGGGAUGCAAUAAGUGAGCUAGAAAGUUUUAACAAGGAGCUGCAAGGGCAAGAGGAGAGCACAAGCAGUGAAGAAGAUUCGGAAAGCGCUGCAACUUCUCCACACGCAGGUCCCCCUACGCAGAGGAGGGCGUCCAGAAAUGAGAAGUCGAACCAGGAGCCAAAACACAGUGGGAAGUCGAAAACGGUUGUGCCAGACGUGCCUGUAUUCAAGUCAGGAAGAGUUAAAAGUAAGUCUGAAAGUUGGAGCGUGGGGACGGAGCAUGGUGGUGAGCCGGGCUGCGUUGGCUCUCAAGGCUCCUUGCAGCCAGGAGGGAGCAGUGAAGGAGUCGGGCCAGCAGAUGGAAGUCUGAUAACAGAAAUGAGGACGGGGGAAGCCAAGAGCAGAACAAGCAAGCAGCCAGUUCGCGUGGGCCCUCUCAAGAGAGUUUUGUCCAGUAGCCCAAGCAGUUCGUGUCACAGUAAUCCUUUCAAUAACCCUGUCUUGCAGGAGAUGAGCGAAGACCAAAAUUACCUAGCCUUUGUUAAACUGAGCAAAGGUGCAACUCCCGCAAAGGAUGCAGUAUUAGAGAGGGGCUCCGUAGUACGCUUGUCACUAACAAAGAGGAGCCAAGGGCGCUCUGAGCCAGAUUUGAGGUCCGUGGGACUUGAGGUAGCCCCAGGAUCUGGUGCUAACAAUUCUGAUCCCUCUUCAAAUGCAAAUGCAGUGGAAAUCCCUGUGAAUGAGUCAUUGCAGGCCAGAGCUGCAAGAAUUUUAGGUAUAGAUGUAGCAGUGGAGUCUCUCCUUCCUGAUGACCACCUUGGGCCCCACCCACACACUAGCCCUGCAAACUGUGCCCAGGACUUUGAGUCAUCAGUGGGGAGCGCAGUAAGUGACAAAGAAGGAAAAAAAGAUAGUUCUUAUGAAGGCAGACGAAAGUGUGGCUGGACAGAGAGUGCUCUCUUUGUCGGAGCAGGAGGCCGGUCUUUAUACACUGAUGAAUGCCAGACGUCUCAACAGGAAGCCAGUGCUAAACCACUGGUAACUGAGCAAGUUCUUGAGCAUCAUGUAAGUCCCAGCCAAGGUGAGGACCAAAACUUGGUUUGCAAGUCAGCUGUGUAUCAGCAUUCAGAAAAGAGAGUAAGGAGCACCUCAAAAGUGAUAGAGACACUUCAAGGCAAGCUCACAUCUCCACCAAGCCGGACUGCCAUGGAUCGCUUAGUGCGAAUGAAAGAAGUUGACUCUGUGUCUCGGAUGAGACGUCUGAGCAUUAAGAGCGCAGACUCGGGAGAGGAGGUGGAUGAGGAGAAGCUGUCAAGGGUACAAGAGGAGAGAGGAAGCAAGCUGGCAAGCUCCGGGGCUGUUUCCAAGCGUGUUAUCUCUCUCAGUGAAAACGGAUAUUUAGGUGGAAUGGACAAGAAGAAGAUUGACAGAGAUUUUUCUUUAGAUACAUAUGACCCCACCAAAGUUGAAAAGGUGUGAGAUGAACGAAGAGAAUAGAGAUUUCUGCUCUACUAAGAAUGUUUCACUAAUUUUUUUUCUGUGUGGUUUUUGUUCGAUUUUUGUUCUUUGAUACUUGGAAGUUGCCUCCAUUUGUGUUGUUCAUGGUGUACUGAUAACGCCUUUACCAUUGCCACUAGGAAUUAGCUAUUUGUAUCUGAAACUGUUGCAGAGACCACAGAAAAAUCUGACUUCUGCAUUGGAACCAUCUGGUUUUGUAGCGACUUCAUACCUACCGUUGGCAAAGAGUUUUUAUCUGAACUCUAUUUCAGUCUUCAACGGGGAUGAUGAAAUGCAUGAAGUGAGGCUUUUGAGCUUUCUCUUUGGUGUAAACGUAAACGUGGGAGAUUAGUGAAAU